AUGGCCGCCAAGAUCACUUUCGUUCUCGCCAUCACCCUGGGGAUCAGCCAAGCCAGCGUAAUACCGGCACCGGUGGCUUUCGGACCAGCUCCUGUAGCUGCAGUUGCGCCAGCUCCUGUAGCAUUUGGACCUGCACCAAUUUUGGCUAAACUGGAAGAGUACAAUUCACAUCCACAGUACACUUACGCUUAUGACGUACAGGACUCGUUGACUGGCGACUCCAAGGCGCAGUACGAGACUCGCGACGGCGACGUUGUCCAGGGUAGCUACUCGCUCAUCGAAGCCGAUGGCACCAGGAGAAUAGUCGAGUACACUGCGGAUCCCAUCAAUGGUUUCAACGCAGUCGUACACAGGGAACCCGCCGUGGCCGCUGCUGUUCCAGUGGCAGCACCGGUUGCGCCGAUAGCGGCUCCAGUGGCACCAGUGGCAGCCCCAGUGGCUCCAGUGCAUGCCCCGUUUUCACCAGUAGCUCCAAUACGCGCUCCGUUUGCCCCGGUGCACACUCCGUUCGCGCCGGUAGCAGCUGCGGUUGCGCCGGUCGGCGCGCCGUCUCUACUGCCACCAGCCAUCAAGUACUCACAUCUCCUGCCUGCGCAUCACUUUCACUGA